AUGUUUAGAUCAUUAAAAAAAUCAAGUAAUAUUUUAGGAUUUAUUAAAAGUUCAUCAAGCAAUAAAAAUAUUAUUUCUCGUUCCAUUUUUACAGGUAGAGAUAUUAAUGGAUUUGAUGAAACCUUAUUACAAUUACAAGAAAGUGUUAGAGAAUUUGCUCAAAACGAAUUAGCACCAAUCGCAGCUGAUGUUGACAAAAACAAUUUAUUCCCAAAUGAAAUGUGGAAGAAAAUGGGUGAUUUAGGUUUAUUAGGUAUUACAGCACCAUCUAAAUAUGGUGGUUUAGAUUUAGGUUAUACCGCUCAUUGUAUUGCAAUGGAAGAAUUAUCAAGAGCAUCAGCCUCAGUCGCUCUCUCUUAUGGUGCCCAUUCAAAUCUUUGUAUCAAUCAAAUCACUAGAAAUGCAAAUGAAGCUCAAAAAGAUAAAUAUCUUCCAAAAUUAAUUAGUGGUGAUUUUGUUGGUGCUCUCGCUAUGUCUGAACCAAAUGCUGGUUCUGAUGUUGUUAGUAUGAAAACAAAUGCAAAGAAAACAGAGGGUGGUUGGUUAUUAAAUGGUAAUAAAAUGUGGAUUACAAAUGGUCCAGAUGCAAAUGUUUUAGUUGUUUAUGCAAAGACAGAUAUUAAUGCAGGAAGUAAAGGUAUUACAGCAUUUUUAAUUGAAAAAGAGAUGAAAGGUUUUUCAACUGGUCAAAAAUUAGAUAAACUUGGUAUGAGAGGAAGUAACACAUGUGAAUUAGUUUUCGAAGAUUGUUUCGUACCAGAUGAAAAUGUAUUAGGUACUGUUGGUGGUGGUGUCAAGGUAUUAAUGAGUGGUUUGGAUUAUGAACGUUUAGUUUUAUCAGCUGGUCCAUUAGGUAUUAUGCAAGCAUGUAUGGAUAAUGUUGUUCCAUACCUUCACCAACGUGAACAAUUUGGUAAACCAAUUGGUGAAUUCCAAUUGAUGCAAGGUAAAGUCGCAGAUAUGUACACUUUAUUGAAUGCAAGUCGUUCAUACGUUUACUCUGUCGCUAAAUCUGCCGAUGCUGGUUACACCUCUCGUAAAGAUUGUGCUGCCGUCAUUUUAUACACUGCUGAGAAUGCAACCCAAAUGGCUUUACAAGCAAUUCAAACUUUAGGUGGUAAUGGUUACAUCAAUGAAUUCCCAACUGGUCGUUUACUUCGUGAUGCUAAAUUAUAUGAAAUUGGUGCUGGUACAAGUGAAAUUAGAAGAAUGUUAAUUGGUAGAGAAUUAUUUGCUGAAACUAAAUAA